AUGCUGCUGUUGGCCACGCCUGUGCGCGAUUGUGGCCUGCCGGCGCCCGCCUGUCCGGCCACCUUGCUGGAACGUCUUCGUCGAUCUGGAGUAGUAUCCUCUUCUCCUCAUGCUGUCACGAGUGCCACUGCCGCCAAUCGCACCUCUUUCACACUGCCGGGCCGGGCAACCGUGCACUCAUGUCAGGCGAGCAUCAACCUUCGAGAGCCUCCGUCAGUCAGGGCCUCGUGCGUUGCGCCGCCGCUCGUAGCCACGCCGAACUGGACCUUAAUGGAUCCGAAAUCGAAAGAUAAUUUCUAA